CUCUACAGGCCUUCAGAGCGACAGCUUGCUCCGUCAAAUCAUUUUACCAUCGAGGGCUGGGAGACUGAAGGUUUUCAAGAUGUCCAUUGCCAAAGCAGCGGCAAAGGCUAUGCUAUCUGAUGCCCUGCUGCCGGACAACCCAGGGAUUUUCAGGUUUAGCCAUCUGGAACUGGAGCUUCCCAUAGACAAGGUUAUCAAGUAUGUGUCUGUUGGGCUACCGCUAAUGCUGGUGUGCAUGGCCUUUGUCCGCGAGAUCUCUCUAGGACCCCAGAUCAGCUGCUUCACUCCAAACAAUUUUACUGCAAAGCAGGCCAGCUAUGUGGACACAUACUGCUGGGACUCUCUCAUGCAUCACGAGUUGGAUCCUGAUGGGAAUUUUGAAGAGCAGUCUCUCUGGGUACACAAAAUGUUUCCUUAUUCUCUGUUGGCUAUGGCCAUCCUGAUGUAUCUGCCAGCUCUAAUUUGGCGCCAACUUGUCAUGCCCACUCUUGGGUCAGACCUGCUUUUCAUAAUUGAUGAACUUGACAAGUCAUACAACCGCUCCAUCCGGCUGGCUCAAAGCAUUCUGGACAUGCGCCAGACCACCCAAAACCCACUGACAUUUCAGGCUGAACUUCAGAGAGCAAAGAGGAAGAGAUACUUUGAGUAUCCACUUCUUGAGAGAUACUUACAGUGCAAACAAAAGUCUUACUUCCUUGUGAGCAUGCUUUUCCUGCGAGGAUUUCUCCUCUUGACCUUCAUGACUUCUGCCUGCCUCUAUCUUACUUACUUUCACCUCUCGGCCUUCCUGAAGGAUGAGUUCAACUGCUUUAUCCGCACAAAUAUGCUGCAAGAUCAGAACAGAGUUUCAGAGUUAAUUCAGUGCAAGAUAAUUGGACAUUUGGUCUUUCAAGUGAUAAGUGUGGUUAAUGGUGCAAUCUAUCUCUUACUGGCACCGAUAGUUCUCUUUAGCCUCAUCCGACUCUUUGUGUGGGACAACACCUUUAUCUCUGUCUACGAGGUCCUUCCUGCUUUGGAUCUCCUCAAGAGCAGGAGGUUAGGCUGCCCUCUGAAUGACCUCAAUGUUCUCCUGCUUUUUUUGCGUGCCAAUGUAGCUCAUCUAAAGUCCUACGGACAAGUCAGAGCUUUGUGCUCCCUUGCACCGCCACAGUUGGGCAACACAACAGCAGGACAAGGACUAGACGUCAUAUUGACACAAGAAGAAAUGGAGGAACGUGAAGAGGCGGCUAUGGAGCUGGCAGAGGAAAUUGAUGAGGCUAAAGAAGAAGGAAAGCUCAACCUAGUGGACAUCAUGACUAUUCUGGGAGCAGCACAAGGACGAGUGGUGAACUGCAGGGAAACAAGGCCUCUGGUGGAGGAAAAUAUGAGCCUGGAACCAAACCACCAGGGGUACCAUGAGUUGAAGGAGACUGCACCAUUUAGUCAUUACUAAACCUUCAAUGGACUGACUCAAUGUGAUAGAAUUGGGCAUGGGUGGGGUCAGACACCAAUUGGGUCUUGGCGCUCUUAAAAAUAAACAAACCCUAAAACUGCUGGAGUUGUUCUGUAAACAGUGUGUCUGUGGACAUGGAUUUGUCAGUUUUGAUCAGCUGGGCAUCUGUUAACAUCGCAGACUUCAGUGUAUCUGUAUAUCAUCGAAUAUUUAUGUAUAGAAAAGAGGCAAAAGAGUGUGCCGGUGAAACUGUCUGAUGUUACUGGGGUGAAAGCACACCACUAAUAAUGACAGCAGUUUUACAAGUAUUAUUUUAAACUUAAAAAAUGUCUGAAUGCUACAGAUGUCAUUUUGGGGAUUUAUGUUGAUAAUUAUGAAUAUUACCAAUGAUUACCUUGAUUUUGAUUGCAUCUUCUUUGUUACUACAGUUUUCUUGUCAAAUCUGUUUUUUCCCAACAUUAAUCAAACAAAAUGUACACAUACAGUGGUUUCUAAUAAAAGUUAUCCCAUUUUUAUGCUGCAUCUGUGUUAUUGUCAACAACUGCAAAAGUAGCAGUGUAAUUACAACGUUUGAAUUUUAAGAUUGUUGGGCUUUUAAGAUGAAAAAAUGGUCUUGCGUUGUUUAGGAAAAACAUGUAAAAAGCUGUCCUUGUUAACAUAUUAAUUAACCAUAAUUAAACUUCAAUAUCUGAACAUUAUGCAGUAAUUAAAAAAAAGAAAAAA